AUGGUGAGUCCACCCGAGCGAUUGGCGAGCUGGGAGACUGAGAGAGGGAUUGCGCUCGUGAGCUAUUCUAGCGCCCGAGACAAGAACCCUCCCCGAGAUCCCGCCCUCUCGCUGACUGGUCGGUUCCUCGCAUUUGCAUGUAGGCCUCACAGUGCAAAGGAGGUGUUCGUUACAGGCACCUUUGAUGAUUGGGGGAAGACGGUGAAACUGGACCGGGUCGGCGACAUCUUUACCAAAGAAGUCUCGUUGCCUACGACGGACAAGAAGAUCCAAUACAAGUUUGUUGUUGACGACAUUUGGACCACUGAUAGCCACGCACGAGAGGAAAACGACGGACACGACAACAUCAACAACGUGCUGCUACCCGAAGACAUCCAGACCCAGACCCACAGCAAAGAAGCUGCCACCCACGACGUCACCACGCCAGUUACCAUGUCUGGCGUGACCCCCGAUUCCACCACGGCUGCUCUUGCAGCCCAGGUCCCCAAGGAGCAAACCAAUGGUGGCCUCCCGGGAGCCUUCCCUGACACACCGGGACAGGAGUCCGGGGAGAUUUUGUCUGCCAAUCCCAUUCCCGCCUCGGGUGGCUACGGUAACCCGAUCAAGCUGAACCCUGGUGAGAAAGUCCCGGAUCUCAGCUCCAUCCAUGGCAAUACCGUGCAAUCGACCGUGAAACUGGACAAGGAGUCGUAUGAAAAAGGCGACAGCGUGCCCCUCGGCAGCGCUGGCACUCAAAGUGAUACCGCAGGCUCGAGUGCUUUCACCGUGCCCCCAGCCACCAACAACCUCAUCCCCGAAUCCAGUCUCCCCAUGGGUGGUCCUGCUCAGCGGGCUGCACAGGCCGAUCAAACCCAGACGAGCAUUGGUGGUCCUGCUCAACAGGCCGCCAUGGCUGACCCCGGCUACACGAUCUCGUCCGCUGCACCAACCUCGACUACUGCGGCCCUGGCGGCGGAGGUUCCACUUGAAAAGAAUAAGCAGACCAACGGGACUGCCGUGCCUGCCCAGGAUGUCCCCCAGGUGGUGAAAGACUCGAUUGCCGAGGCUCACGAGAACCCUGAGGCGGCUGCCAACAAGGAAGCCGUCGAAGAGAAGAAGGCGAUGGAGAAUGAGUUGCACAGGAAGGUCGCCGUAGAGCAAUCUACUGGCGCUCCAGCACCGACUACCGCCGCCCAGCCGGUCAAGGAUGUCCCUCAGAUUGUGAAGGAGUCGAUCGCCGAAUCCAACGAGACCCCGGAGGCGGCUGCCAACAAGGAGGCCGUGGAAGAAAAGCAGGCGAUGGAGAGCGAGCUACAGAUGAAUGUGCCUGUGGAGGAGUCUGCAGGUGCCCCGGCACCGACCACUACCGCUGCUACCCAGCCUACCGCUCCGGGUACUAGCCUGGCCGUUCCUCCAAUCGACUCCACAGAUGUGUCUCCGACCUCGACUCCUCCCCCCGGCCGCAUUGCACCCACCUCUGCUGCACCCACGUCCGCGCCAGCGCCCACCGAGACCCAGACCGCACCAGUCGUGACCACCGGUGUGGCUACUGCCAAGACCGCCGAAACGUCAACCCCGAGCAAGCCCACUGAGCCAGCUCAGCAGUCCGCCAACACUGCGGGCGCCGGCGAGCUGCACGCCAAGGAAGAGAAAAAGAAGAAGCGCCUGAGUGGAUUCUUCAGCAAGCUCAAGGAGAAGCUGAAGUAG